AUGCCUUCCGCCCGCCGCGUAAAUCUUCUCAGGGCUCUUAUUGCAUGUUCUCUCUUGCUUGUUGCCCUCAGUGUGGCCAGAUCAGAGUUGACGGCGUGGCUCUUAGAAAGUACCGGUGUUAAAAAGGUUUUUGAUGACUUGAUCAUGGGCGCCAUGAUCAUCCUCGUGUAUGAAAUCCUGCCGCUCAUCAUUCUCUUUUCGCCGCUCAUCCUCGUCGUCUUGAUCAUCGUCGUGUAUCGCCACUGCCGCCACCGCAAGAAGCGGAUAAAUUAUAAUCCGAUAGCGAUGAUCACGGCGGAGGAGAGGAAAGAGCGGGCGAAGCAAUACAUGGCCCAAUUCAAUCCGUCGCAAGCGCGGCCCGUCGUCGAGGCGGCCCCGGUCGCGAAGAUGGUGUGA